AAUUUGAAGCAGUCAUCAAUUUCAUCAUCAUAUCAAUCCUCAAAACUUCCUCAAAACUCAACAUCCAAAACAAAUAAACAAUAUUAAACCAGAACUACAUUUCUAAAACAAGAUACUCCAUCAGAUGAUGAUGUCCCCUCUGAUAUUUUCUCUCUCCUCCAAUCACUGAGAAAAGGCUAUGUCUUUCUUCAAUGACCACGAGCAUAUCAAAGAGCCUAUCCAUUUGAUUGAGGAAACAUUUCAGAGAUUGGAAGAGCUCAUUCAAAUAGCCGAUUGUGUUUUUUCUGGGGAUACCCAGAUGGAAAGUUUGACGAAUUUGGAACACCCAGAUGAUGAGAUUGAUCAAAAGUGUGGAAUUGGUGACGGGAUUUUGAUGAAAUUGGCGAAAAAUGAGAAUCUGCAGAGAAAUUCUGUUGAUACUUCAUCUACAAAUCAAGUAUCUGCAGGAGGAGGAGGAUUCACUAAGAAGAUGAGUUUGAUGGGGUUGACAACUCUUUUUGAAAAUUAUGCUAAAACUGGUGCAUCAGUUCUUGAUCUUCAAGGGAAGCUAAUGGCCGAAGUUGAGUGGCUCCCUUUGUCCCUUGUGAAAUUGUCAAAUUUGACUGAAAUUGACUUAUCAAAGAACGAAAUUAUGGCUCUUCCAUCCAACAUUGGCGAACUCAAGUCAUUGAAGAAGUUCGACAUCAACUCGAAUCAACUAAUAAACCUUCCGGGAUCCAUUGGAGAGGUCACGAGUUUGACUGACCUUGACCUUCACGGAAACAGGCUAAAAUCCUUGCCACCUUCAUUUGAGAAGUUAGUAAACUUAGUUAAUCUUGAUUUGAGCUCUAAUUUGUUCGACAAGUUGCCUGAUUUAAUUGGCAAUCUGACCUCAUUGGAGAAGUUGAAUCUUAAAACAAAUGAACUUGAAGAACUCCCUUGUGCUAUUGGUUCGUGUAAAUCUUUGAUCGUGUUGAAAGUAGAUUUCAAUCGACUGAAAUCUCUUCCUUUGACAAUGGGGAAUCUCGAGAAUUUACAGAGUUUGACACUCCGCUAUAAUAGAGUGAAGAAUCUUCCAGAAACAAUGUGCAACCUUCAAAGAUUGGAGGAACUCAAUUUGAGCUUCAAUGAGGUCGAAUCAAUCCCAGAUGACUUGUGUUCUAUGAUGAGGUUGAAAAAGUUAAACAUUGGGAACAACUUUGUUGAUCUCACAUCCUUGCCAAGCUCAAUUGGAAACUUUGCAAUGCUCGAAGAAUUGGACAUAAGUUAUGAUCAAAUUAGGGUUUUGCCGGAUUCUUUCAGGUUCCUGUCAAAGCUGAAAAUAUUCCUUGCUGAUGGAACACCACUUGAAAUCCCCCGCGAAAUUACUAAGCUGGGAGCUCAGGCUGUUGUUCAAUACAUGGCUGAACUUGUUGAUAACAGAAAGUUGUUACCAAACCGAAUAAUGAAGGGAAGAAGAGGAUUAUGGUCCUGCAUUUUAUCUUGUUUUUGCCUUGAUGAAAUACUCCAAGUGGAGAGGAAGUAAUUGAGAAAAGCAUAAACCUUGUACACUAGCUGCGUCUGCGUGCAUCUGUUUCCCUUUUUCUGCUGUAAAUAUGCAUGUUUGAGUACUUGAAACAAUGCUGUAAAUUUUUUGUUGUAAAUCAUAAAGGAAUAAACAUGGUAAUAAUUUGCAGAUACUUUCCUUUUGUCUUCA